AGGAGGGUAAAAUGACAUGCUGUUACACACUCUUGUACAGUCGGUGGCGGUAUGUAACUUAAAAGUUGUUUGCGAUCCGCCUGUAAACCGAGAGAAGAAGAACAAGCAGCAGAAGAAGAAGAAGAAGAAGAAGAAGAAGAAGGAAAAACGUCAUGAUAAAAUCAUGGCGGAGGUGAAAGUGAAGAAGGAAACUAAUAUUACUGAUGCUGCAGAGAUUGAAAACAGGGUAAAGGAGCUGUGCCUGCAGUUUCCUCAUGGGAUCACAGAUCAGGUGAUUCAGAAUGACAUGCCCCACCUGGAACCCCAGCAGAGAGCCAUGGCUAUCAACAAACUGCUCUCACUGGGUCAACUGGAUCUUCUCCGAAACAGCUCAGGUCUUUUAUAUCGGAUGAAGGAUGCCCAGACGCCAAGUAAGAUGAAGGGCUCUGACAACCAGGAGAAGCUGGUUUACCAGAUCAUCGAAGAUGCAGGAAACAAAGGUAUAUGGAGUAGAGACAUCCGAUUCAAGAGCAAUCUUCCUCUGACGGAGAUCAACAAGAUCCUGAAGAACCUGGAGAGCAAGAAGCUGAUCAAGGCUGUCAAGUCUGUCGCUGCCUCAAAGAAGAAAGUCUACAUGCUGUACAACCUGCAGCCGGACCGCUCAGUGACUGGAGGGGCCUGGUACAGUGACCAGGACUUUGAGUCAGAGUUUGUGGAGGUUUUGAAUCACCAGUGCUUCAAAUUUCUUCAGAGUAAGGCAGAGGCAGCAAGGGACAGCAAGCAGAGCCCCAUGGUGCAGAGGAACAGCUCCUUCGCCACCUCGCAUGAAGUCUGGAAGUACAUCUGUGAGCUGGGGAUCAGCAAGGUGGAUUUGUCCAUGGAGGACAUCGAGACCAUCCUGAACACGCUGAUCUAUGAUGGGAAGGUGGAGAUGACCAUCAUAGCUGCGAAGGAAGGCACGGUGGGUAGCGUGGAUGGACAGAUGAAGCUCUACCGCGGGGUCAAACCCAUUCUCCAGCCGACAGGCCUGGUCAAAGCUCCCUGUGGCGUCUGCCCGGUGUUUGAUGACUGUCAUGAAGGAGGAGAAAUCUCUCCAUCCACCUGCAUCUACAUGACAGAGUGGCUGGACUUCUGACCGACACCUGGCUCACUCCAUUUUCCUUUUUUCGUGUGAUGAAAAGAACAAGUUUUUUUUAAUUAUUAUUAUUAUUUCUAAUGAUCUGUGAUCCAUGUAAACUUAUUUUGUAUUUAUCAAGUUUAUUGAAUCCUUUUCAGCAACUGGGAACAGGAGAAUGGCCUGAUGAGACAUGUUUCUAGCUAGUUUGUGUUUUCUAUGACCUGUCACUAAAUAAAGAUAUUGGUUACUUGGUCUUGAAUCAUAGGAAAUCUUGUAUUCACAUAGCAGUUCAGUGGUGAUAUUAACCUAGUGGAUUGUCGAUCAUUUACCUGUUCGAAAAACAUUUCAUAUAACUUUACAAAUUAAGUUAAUUAUUUUCUAUUUGGUUUUUAACUGUCAACGUUUUAAAAUGGAAUCACAUGACAGUUGAAUUUCAUUAAAAAAAAGAAAGACAACACAACAGAAAAAAAUAUUUUCUACUAAAUUGUCUAUGUAGAUUGAUUUCAGUCAUCCAGGUGGUAAAAUAUUCUGGAGAAAUUUAAAUCUGUUCCCUGGAGGUUGGAAUUUGAGGUUGUAUUAAAGGUUUUAGACUUUUCCAAAGGAGUGAAUCAAGUCAUGACCACUGAAUAAUGAAGUCGAAACUAACACCACCAAUGACCGUCGCUGCUAAACAAAUGCAAAUCAAUAGCUCCGAUAACGACGGGCGCAGCCAAACAUCGGUACACAAAAGAGCCACUCAUAUCAACAGCUCUGACAACGACUCCAAAGAGGAUAAAUUCUGAGUCUCAUCACCAGCCAGUCAGACUAGCUUGGUCUAGUCAGAAAGGCACGAACUGAGGAAGCCUCUUGGAUGAGAGGCGAAACGUCUUCACGGAUAUAUACCAAGUCCAGUUGCACUUGAUUCAACUCCUUUGGAUAACCAUGACCUGGAUGAAUGAGAACAUUCACAAAUGUUUUAGACUUUGUUUAUUACUAGCACAGACGCACAGGUAGUUUUGACACCUGUGUUUUUUACUUGAAUCUGGAGAAAUACAUCGAUGGCAUCAGACAAGUGUACUAAUAACACUAUCUGUGUCCAGAUUGUCAACAGUCUACCAUAGACUCCCCCAUAGACUCCAGUGGCUCAGGAACCACAAAGUGGGACGAUGUGAUAAUUGUGAACAGUCUACCAUAGACUCCCCCAUAGACUCCAGUAGCUCAGGAGCCACAAAGUGGGAUAAUGAGAUGAUUGUGAUCAGUCUACCAUAGAUUCCCCCAUAGACUCCAGUAGCUCAGGAGCCACAAAGUGGGAUGGUGUGAUGAUUGUGAACAGUUUACCAUAGACUCUCCUAUAGACUCCAGUGGCUCAGGAGCCAAAAAGUGGGAUGAUGUGAUGAUUGUGAACAGUCCACCAUAGACCCCACCAUAGACAGUGGCUCAGGAGCCACAAAGUGGGAUGAUGUGAUGAUUGUGGACAGAUUGCAACAGUGGAAAUGACUUAACAGAAAAACAUCUCAGGACAAGCAUGAAAGUUGUCCCGUAAGACACCAUUGUAAAGCUGAGUAUAGCGGUGGUCCUGUGUCCACAAUCUACAAAAUGAAGCCAUUGAGUAAAAUGAAAUCAUCACUGACAUGUAUGAUGGGAAAAAACUGUGAAAAUAAAACCGAGGUGGUAAA